CUCCCGCCCGCCCCGCCGGGAUUGAGCGUCGGGAGAGCGGCGGGACGGCCGGGAAGCACCAUGCGGGCUCCGGGGCUGCUGCCGCUGCUCCCGCUGCUGCUGCUCGGUGCCAGCUGCCAGGAUGAUCCAGGUGCUGCAGCUCCAGAGGGAAGUGACAUCAUCACCACGACCGCAGGCAGCAGCAAGGCACAAGUGACCACCCCUAGAAGCGGUGCAGGAGACUCACCACCCGACCCCAAGUCACCUACCACAGUUCAAAUGACCACCACAACCACCAAGCCGGAAACCCCUGCACCCUCCACCGCGUCACCCACCACUCCUCAAGGCACCACUGCUGCAAACACCCUGAGAACCACCCCAUCCACCCCUGCGUUGUCACCUACCACGUUACAAGGGGCCACCACCACCGCCAAACAGGAAAACCCAACGCCUGCCCCCACCACGCCACCCUCCACCACUCAGCAGGCCAGCUCUGCAGCCAGCUCUGGAGUGUCUACAGCCACCCCUGCCAAGCAGCAGACUGGUCCUGCAGCCAGUUUGGGAAGUUUGGGGAACACCACUGCUGCAAACCCUGUCCUCACUCAUGGGAGCAGCCCUCCAGCCACCUCAGGGGGUUUAGGGGCUGCUGCCACACCCAGGCCGGACCCUCAGGGAAGCCAGCGUCCGGAUCAUUUGGCCAGUGCCACUGAGAGCACCGGAGUCCUGAGCAGCAGCUCUGCCCUUGGCCCCAAGGACCGUCCCCCUUUUUCCACACAUGUCACCAAGCAGCCUCAUUCUUCUUCCAGUUCUCCAGUCCAGGACCUCGCCUCUUCCACCAGACCUGGAAGGACCAGCACUUCUGUUCCCCCUUUAAGUGGAUCUCUGCCCCUCCCCACCAGCAAAACAUCUCCGACUUCCCCACCCAGCAGCAUCCACAAGAGCCCAGAGGCAGCCACCACACUGACUCCUGGAGCAGAGGACUCAGACCAGAGAAGCCACGAUGCUGGACCUACAUCAGCCAAACCCACCAGUGCCUCCCGGGGCCCUGACAGUGCCCAGCCAUCCCCCCCAGCCCCAGGGGACCAGGCAGUGCCCAGCGGGCCUGGCCACCAGCACCUGAACACUUCUCUCCAAAAUGAGGUCAUCUGUAAAGAUGCAAAAGGUGUGCCUGCAGAGGUGCAAGACAACUGGGUCACCAUGUAUCUGAAAGAAGCCAAAACCUGUGCCGAGUGGAGGACGGCGAGCGCCAACAUCUCCUUCUUCGAGAGCCUGUGCUCGACGGGCCAGCACACGUUCGACGCCAGCAGGGAGAGCUGCACGGUGACACUGCUGUCCCCCAGGCCGCAGUCCGAGCGCUGGGACGUGCAGGUGGUGCUGCACCUUCCUUUGCACCCCGAGAACAUCCUCCAGGAGCUGGAGAGGAAGGACAAGUUGGAGGCGCUGGGCAUCGGCAUCGCCAACACCACCAACGACAAAACGGAGAGGGAGGCGAUAAUCGACGAGUUCAGCACCCCCCUGAUCAUCACCAUCGUCACCCUGGCCGGCUCCCUGCUGCUCGUCGCUGCCAUCUACGGCUGCUGCCACCAGCGCUUCUCCCAGAAGAAGGACCAGCACAUCCACCCUGAUCUCCCCGGGUUUGAUGAUGGACAUGUGGCCCUGAUCUUUAAUCAGCGCCUGACCGAGGAGCUGCAGACCAUGGAGAACGGCUACCACGACAACCCCACGCUGGAGGUGAUGGAGACCUCCUCCGAAAUGCAGGAGAAGAAGGUGAACCUCAACGGUGAGCUGGGGGACAGCUGGAUCGUUCCUCUCGACACCCUCAUGAAGGAGGACCUGGAGGAGGAGGAGGACACGCAUUUAUAGGGUGCAGAACACGAUCAAGCGAAAAAAAAAAACGACCACCACUCCCCCAAAAAAACCCCUUAAUCCUUCUACACACGCACACACACAGCUCCAAAAUAAGGCAAAAUCCCCAUCAAAAAAACCCCAGAAAAUCCCUUAAUGAACUAAUCAUGGUCCCUUGUGCCACCACGUGGGUUGCAGGACGGAAGAGGAAGGGGCGUGAGAAGACACCUCUGGGGCACAUCAAGACAAGCAUCCUCCACCCCCCACCCACCUACCACACCAGAACUGAACAGCCAUGGGCAAACAGGGUGGCUUUGCCCCUGAAGAGCUGCUGGUGCCUCCUCCCAUCCCACGUCCGACCACGCCAACCGCGUCCUCCAGCUACCGAGUGACCGAAGAGAAAUAAAGCAAAUAGGAUGGGAGGGUGAGCAAAUCCGACAGCAAACCAGCACCUGGCAAGCUACAGCUCAAAAACCCCCCUGUUUAGCCAUCACUCUGCCCUCCCCAGCACCCAGGUAUGGAGUGGAAAAAGCUGGAAGAGCCUGUUCUUUUUGAAUCCAGUUUUUACAUCCUUUCCAUCAGAAACCGCCGGGUAAAAACGCACAAGAGCCCCCUCGCUGUGCCGUGGGCAGGCGGGUGCAUCCGGACCCAGCAGGAUGGCAGGGAUGCAGCAGUGCCAAGGAAUGCUCGGCCCUGUCACCCAGGGCUGUGGAACAGAUUCUGCACCCAUGUGGGGACCAGGAGAGGUGCAGCAGCUUCUUGUAUUGAUGGGUUGACACAGGGAAGGAGAGGAAAGGGAGUCAUUCCUUGAGUUCGUCCCUCUUGAGAAGGGUGUAGAGAUCAAGAGCGACACCAGGCAUGAUGAUGUUGGGGGUUUCGUGGUGCAGGAGGCCAUCUCUGGUGCUGCAUUUCCUUACAGAAAGUUCAGUUGCCUUCCAGGAAUUAUGCAGCAGCACCUCACAGCCUUCAUCCACCCUGCAGGAGACCGUGGGUGAUGUGCCGCACCAUGGUUUGUGAUUUUUCCUGCCUGAGCAGCAGAAGAGGUAAAGGAGCAGCAGUAGCAGCACGGGCCAGGCAGACUGGUGGCAUUCAGGCUUUUCCACCAGUACAGCCCUUGGUGUUUCCUCCCCUUGAGGUUUAUAAGCUCAGCCCAAGCUCUGAAGCUCUUCCUCACAAGCCAGUAAAGUAACAGAGACCUGCAAAGCAACUUCCAGCACAGCAGCGAGGCUGGGACUGAGCUCUGUCCUGCAGCCCUUGGUUUGUCAUCCAGGUCUCCCUCUGCUGAAGUCUAUACAGGGGAAAAGCAAACCCUGGCUGGACUGAGGCUGUUUCUGGUUUUCUGCUCCCCAUCACAGCUCCUGAGUGGCUCUAAAAGGGUGGGGAGAGUUUCACAUCUUUGCACUGGUGCCGGUGAAGCAGCUCAGCCCUGGUGGAGUCAGGGAUCUAUCCUCCAGCACGUGGGAAAGAGAGGGGAGGACCAGAAGGUCACCUGGGUGAGCAAACCUCCCACCAGGAGGGUGGUGGCUGUCCCAAGCCCCCUGCAAACCAGGGGAGCUGCAGAGCAGAGCAGUGUCCAGGCACAGCCCUCCCUCUCCCCUGUUUGCCACAAACUGUGCACUCACCACGUGCACAACAAGGGAGGUUCCCUUCGGGCUCUGCCACCAAGUCAAACACGAUUGGGAUCCACUCCCACGGCUGCCCUGAAGGGUGGGAAAAGCAGAGCCAAGCAAUGGGAAGCUUGGAGAAAUCAGGUCGGGUUGGUCCUCGGGAGUACUCAGGAAGGAGAGGGUCGGGGUGAUUCUCUCAGCCCCAGGACAGGCAGAAGGCAGAAGAGGCUCUUCCCCCUUCUCUCCUGCACCGAAGGGCAGAGUCUGACAGUGUUCAAAACCUUUCUAUUUUUGUAUGUAAAUAUUCCUGCUAUUCACUAGCGAUGUAUCCUGCACACCUCGCUUACCUGUGCACUGCACUACGGGGAAGUCAUUUUGGAGGGGAGGGGAAAUAAAAUAAAUACAGGAAAAAAAAAAAAAAAAAAAAAGAAAAAAAGAAAGGAAAAGCUAAAGGCCAGCCUGGUAGGGGAUCAGAAUUUGACACUAAGCAGGAAAACACCUCUCGGGCUUUGGCAUGUGCCUAAAGAUUCCCCCUUCCCGGCAAAGAGAUGCCAAAGUGCUUUAAUAAAUCAGGUCCAAAGACUUUCCAGCAGAACCCUACAAAGGCUUGAGAUCAAGUAACCUUAAAUCUUCCCGAGCAGGGACCAGUGAACUGCUCAGCAAGUGCUUAUAGUGAUUUAUAUUUGAAUAGGAAUUGUACAUUUAUUUAUUUUUCCAGACACCAUAUUUUUAAACCACUAAUAUUUUAUAGUAGAUUUUCCUUCCCCUAUUUAAAGAACUAUUUCCACAGGAAAAGAAAAUAGUACUUUUUUUUUUUUUUUUUUUUUAUGUUGAGAGCAUUCUUUUUUGGAAAACAAAACAAAACAAAACAAAAAUCAGGUAGGAAAUGCAGCGAUGAGCAUUUUUGGCCUUAACCCUUCCCUUUGUAGCUGUAGCCAUAAUUGUUAGACCAAAAAUAAUAAAUAAAGGCAUUUCCUCCCUCCCUUCCCCUCGCUCCUCUUCUCUCCUCCGACACAGCUUUAACAUCCGACACACAUUGUACAAAGAGAUUAUUGCUCUUACCUCUGGGAGAGAGUUUUACAAGCAGCUCAGAGGUCCUUGCAAGAGACUUUUCUAUUUUCAGAUUCACAAGGAACGUGUAAAUACUUUUAGGACCAUUUUAUCUCCCGCUCUCAGUGCCAUGAUCCAACUGAUGAGGUUUAAACUGUGACUGUUGCCUACAGAGGACACACAGAAGUCAUAAUCCAUAAGGGACUGGAGAAGGAAAACCUAAUUCCCAAGGUGGUUACCUGUUGAACCUUGCACAUAUACUAGAGCUCUUAUGUACUGUGUAGCAGCAUCUCUCACGGGGACAGGAGUCUGAUUUACACUGGAAUUUACUGAGGAACUGGAUUGUAGAGAUUAUUCUUGCAUUUUCCUACAAAUAUAUUUUGAAAGCAUCAUGUAUUUCUGUCAAUAAACAUUCUUAUGUAAAA